GCUUAGGAGGUACUCCAUACUCGCCGGGAGAAGAAAAAGAGGAGAACAUCGAGCACGUGGUGGUGGAGGGGUGGCAACCGGCGUCGUAGGUUGUGUGGCAGAUCGCCAUGGCUCCGACCGGUCGGGGUUGGCUGGCGGGUGCGAUGCUAGCGCUGCUGUCCAUUGCAGCUGUGGCGUCAGCCACUGUAGAUCCCGCCUGUGGUGGGCUCCCGUUCGCCGCGGGUGUCUGCAGCGGCAAAGGUGGUGAAGCUGACCUGGUGACGCCGAACACUGGCACGCUUAAGGCCACUGAGAAGGUCGGUGCGCAACCUCUUCCCCAUGUGGCUGUCGGAUUCCAGGACGCCAACGGCAACGAUCGCUCAUCAGGUCGGAAGGGAGACGUGGUUGUGGCCCAGGACGGGAGCGGGAACUUCCGUACGGUGCAGGCGGCCAUCAAUGCUGCCCCAGUGAAGAGCACGAAGAGGUUCGUGAUCUUCAUCAAGCCCGGGCGGUACACGGAGAAGGUAACCGUUCCUUCGAACAAGCCGUUCAUCACGCUGCGGGGUUCAGGUCCAUACCGGACGGUGAUCAGCUGGGGCGACCGGGCGUCGACCUUGCUGAAGACGACCAAGAAGCCGAUGGGCACGUUUCUGUCGGCGUCUGUGGGAGUGAACGCGGACUACUUCACUGCAGAGGACAUUACCUUCCAGAACCAUGCCUCGCGGCCGCGACCCAACUCGUUCACGGAACAGGCGGUGGCUUUCCGGAUCACGGGUGAUUUCGCCGCCUUUCACAACGUGCGCUUCUACGGCUACCAGGACACGCUGUACUGCCACCGUGGGAGGCAUCUGUUCAAGAACGUGUACGUGCGCGGCAGCGUGGACUUCAUCUUCGGCAACGGCAGGUCGAUGUUCCUGGACUCGCUGCUGUUCGCCGACGUGACGAAGACGGGCGGCGCCCUCACCGCUCAGAAGAGGGAUUCGACCAAGGAGCCCACCGGCUUCGUUUUCAUCCGGUGCAAGGUGCAGGGGACCGGGCAGGUCUACUUGGGCCGUGCUUGGGGCCGUGCCGCCCGCACCAUCUUCGCUUACACGUACAUGGACAACGUGAUUCUCCCCGUGGGCUGGAACGACUGGUUCGACCCGACCAGGCAGGAGACCAUCUUCUACGCCGAGUACAGGUGCUCUGGCCCUGGAGCUCGCAGGGGUCAGCGCGCCAGAUGGUCCUUCGGCCUCACUGACAAGCAGGUGCAGCCGUUCCUCUCCACCAACUUCAUUGAUGGCAAGAAGUGGCUCGGGAAAACCGGAAUCCCCGGGCUCCGCGAUCUCGGCACGAAGCAGUCCGGCACCAUGCCCACGAACGCGCCGCCACCUCCACAGAACCCAAAGMGACUCAGGCUCUUCAUGUAGGUWCCCGGGGCAUCRCCAUGCUUUGGCUCUCAUSUCCGACCUUCCCUUUCUAUUCUCUGCUUCUCCCUAUUGGUUUUCCCGAUUCAAAACCUGGACCGUUUCGUCUAAURAUGGGAAUYACGGCUCUCGUGUUUUCCAAGAAAGCGGUGGUAAUGACGCUCGGCCAGUGUAGUCGAUCUCCGUUAUAGGCGAUUAAAGCAGAUUAUGUGCAAUCUGCUAGGCGAUCAAAAGCAUUGAGUGGUCGAGUGGGAGAACGA